UCCAAAUGUACUGUUUGUUGAGGGUGUCUGUGUCAUCUGACUAUGCCUUAAUGUUUUACAGUAGAUCAAUUAUCAAUGCAUGGAUAAAUUAUAUUUAAAUGAAUUAACACCUUGUUGAGUCAGGCUCUGAUUGUCUCUCUCUUGCGCUAAUCAGCACCUUGUUUUUGGUUGCUUCUCAUGUUGACAGAUUGCCUUCAUUGGGAGUGGGCAGGAAGUCGACAGUCUGUCACAGAAGUGGGGGUUUGAGGCCUUGGCUGUUACACAGCUUGGACAGUAUGAGUUCUUCAUGCCAGGGAUGGUGGACACCCACAUCCACGCGUCUCAGUACAGCUAUGCAGGCACAGCCCUGGACCUGCCCCUGCUACAGUGGCUCAACACGUACACCUUCCCAGUGGAGGCCUGCUACAAAGACUUGGAGUUCGCCCGCAACGUCUACACCCAUGUCGUGAAAAGAACCCUGAGAAACGGUACCACUACGGCUUGUUACUUUGCCACCAUACACACCGACGCUUCUCUCCUGCUGGGCCAAAUCGCAAAUGAUUUUGGACAGCGUGCCCUUGUGGGCAAGGUGUGUAUGGAUAUAAACAACUUUGUCCCACAUUACAGAGAGACGCUAGACAAGUCCCAUGACGAAACCAACAGGUUCAUUAGUGAGAUGUUGAAGAAGAAGUACCCUCUUGUAAUGCCAGUGGUGACCCCGCGCUUCGCCCUGUCUUGCUCUGCUGCCCUGCUGGGUCACCUGGGAGAGAUCGCCAAGAAUAACCACCUGCACAUCCAGAGUCACAUCAGUGAGACGAAGGAGGAGGUGAAGCUGGUGAAGGAACUGUUCCCAGACUAUGACUCCUACACAGACGUCUACCACAAACACAACCUUCUCACUGACAAGACUGUGAUGGCUCACGGUUGUCACCUAACCGAUGAAGAGCUGAAGCUGUUCAGAGAGAAAGGGGCGUCCGUCGCUCACUGUCCCAAUUCCAACAUCUCGUUGUGCAGUGGUAUGCUAGAUGCCCGCAGGGUUCUGAACCACAAAGUAAAGCUGGGGCUGGGCACAGAUGUGGCAGGAGGCUACUCUCCCUCUAUGCUGGAUGCGGUGCGGAGAACGAUGGAUACCUCUAAAGCCUUGACCAUCCAGGACCCCCAGUACCAAACGCUCACCUUCGAGGAGGUCUUCAGACUGGCCACACUGGGAGGCAGCCAAGCCCUGUCCCUGGAUGAGCAUACAGGAAACUUUCAGGUAGGGAAAGACUUUGAUGCUCUGCGGGUGAACACGGCCAUAGCAGGAGGACCCAUUGAUCUCAUCAACCACGGAGAGGGGCCUAAGGUGCUCCUGGAGAAGUUCUUGAAUUUGGGGGAUGAUCGGAACAUUGCGGAGGUGUACGUGGCAGGGAAGAGAGUGGUCCCAUUCGUGGUAACAACAUAGAUUUGGGUUUGGUUGCUGGAUUGUUGUCAAUCUUGUUACCAUCUGUCUGAACCCUCUACCAGUUUACCUGACUGCUGUUGUAACAGGACAGGAGGUGAUGAGGAAAAUGUAUUCAACGAGAGGGAUUAUUACUCUAUAUACAUUGUGUGUGUGUUUUCAAUCAUCUAGUGUAAUUACAUACAGUUAAAUUCAAUGGAUGAUAUUGCUGCUCAUCGUGAAGUUCAGAGUGAAUCCUAUGUUGUCAUACUUGUGUCGUAACCCAAAGAACAUCAUUGUCUGUUGUUUUUGUUAUUUCAAAGUCGAGGGAAAUGUGUGUGUUUAUGAAUGUAGGUUUAUUCAAUUCAAGUAACUUUUAUUUCCUGAGAGGGAACUUCAUCUAUGGUGACGGCUUGAUAUUAACAAGAUAUAUAACAACACAGCAACAUAAAACACGUGCAGUAUAAUAGAUUAGAUGCAAUCAUAGGCUAUAUACAAACACAAAUAAAAAUGUCAAGGGUUGAAGAGUUUGAUGGAUGAUGGCACAAAACUAGAAGCUGCUCUCUUAGACUUUGUCUGCCAGAGAUCUAUGUAUCUCUGCGCCAGGAGGAAAGGGAGUUGUACUGGUCCAAGACUUAUCUCCGUGUGUAAGGUCCAAAGCUAUUUGUUCCCCCUAUUGUAUCUGUAGCUUUGCAUUUGUCCAGAUUUUACAGCAUCCUUGACUUCGUCUCGGGCCUAACAACACAAGUGCCAAUAUAUCCUCCAAACACCGGUUUCUCUGGCAUUAGCACUUAACGGUCAUUAUUAUGCAACUGCUGUUCCAUGCUACAGUGCUGAGUUUAGCAGAAAAGGCUACAGAGUAUCUGCAUGAUUUUAAGUGAAAAUGUGUCUCUUUUUGUUUGUAAAUUUUUCGAGUUUUCACACCUGGAGGCAAAGAUUUUAACACAUUAUUGAUAGUGGUUCCAGGAUAAAGUGUAGGGUUAUAUGAAAAUAUAGAGGCUGAACACUGCAAACAGCAUAGCUUUAAAAUGAUUUUGUUAAAGCAAACAUUCCUCCAAGCCAGAUAUUUUCCCCGUCUCACUAUAACGCACAGAUCUACUGCACUUUAGACCCAUCUGUGUGUG